CAUGAAUACUCACACAUAUAUAUUUAUUUCUUAAUUCGUGAUAGGUACCUCCAUAGUUAUCAUUGAAAAAAUUUGGUUCAGUCGUACAGACCCAACAAAACAGAAAUUUAUUUAACAAGUAAAUACAUUGUUUUGUGAAUUGAAUCCUUUACGUUUCGAAUAAUAAGUGUUAAAAUGAUCUUCGGAAAAUUGUUUUCGAAUUACUUAUUUAAACAAAAUGUUAUUUCUUCCAAAUUAUAUGUAUCAGGUUUGACAAAAAAUUUCAGUAUGACAACUAAAUCAAUUGAAUUAAGUAAAUUUAGAAGGAAAAAUAAUAAUACAGAUAUUGGAUGGAUUUUGCUAGUAAUACCGAUCUCUGCACUUGGAUUGGGUACAUGGCAAGUAAAGCGAAAAUAUUGGAAAGAAAAUCUUAUUGAAGAACUUAAAACUCAAACUCAAUAUCCUGCAAUAAAUUUUCCAGAAAACGAAGAUGAACUUAAAAAUCUUGAAUAUCGUAGAGUUAGAGUUGUUGGUGAAUUUGAUCAUUCAAAGGAGUUAUAUCUAGGUCCUAGGUCCUGUAUAUCUAAUGGUGGAUCUGACAGUGGUAAUGGAUUGUUUUCUACAUCUGGAUCUACAACAAGUGGUUAUUAUGUCAUUACACCAUUUAAACUAUCUGAUAGACCUUUAACAAUUUUAGUGAAUCGUGGUUGGGUAUCCAUGAAAAAUAAAGAUCCUGCAUCACGAAUAUCUGGUCAAGUUGUCGGUGAAAUUGAAUUAGAUGGUAUUGUUCGUCUAACAGAACCUAGGCCACAAUUUGUAUCUAAAAAUGUGGCAAACUCUCAAUUCUGGUCUUAUAGAGAUUUAGACGCAAUGUCCAAAUUAGUUAAUAGUGAACCUAUUUUGAUUGAUGCUGUUGCUGAAUCUAGUAUUCCUGGUGGACCAAUUGGAGGCCAAACAAAUAUUUCCAUAAGAAAUGAACAUGUAUCAUACAUCAUUACUUGGUAUGGUUUAGCCAUUGCAACUGGAUAUAUGUGGUACAAUAAAUAUUCACAUGGACUAAAGUCAAUUAUCAAAUGAACAAUAUUCAUCCAACAAGAAUUUUGUUCCAAUUCAAGAUAUAUAUAUAUGUAAAAAAUACUUUAUAUUGAUCAACCAUUGAA